UGUCGUUUACUACUGCUGAGGGAUUCCUGGUUUUAUUUGAGACAGUUUGAUGAGCUGGCUCCAUGGACCCCCAACAGCCCUCCGCCCUCCCACUGCAGCUGCAUGGCAACAGUUUUGCUAUGAGCCCUGGACAAGUGCCAGUGCCAGAGUACAAUGGAGGAGGCGGCGGAGGCCGAGACGCAGAACUUCAUCAGCAAAACAUGACCUCCUCUGCUCAUGUCAGUUCCAGGUUGAGCCCAGAUGAACCGUUUCUGAGCCCACUGGAGCGCCCGGUUCACUGCCAUGCCAAGGGCAAGCUGGACAUCAAGAGCAGGAGCUGCACUCUACUCACCAUCUGCCGCUCCGGAGUAAUUUUUCCCUGGAUGAAUCCACGGACAACUGACUCUGAUCAAUCUGCCGGCGGCGGUGUGGCUCCUGGUCCGCCGCACAGAGGCAGGCCUGGCCGGCGGAGGGAGAGGACGGCCUUCACCAACAGCCAGCUGGUGGAGCUGGAGAAGGAGUUCCACUUCAACCCUUACCUGCGUCAGGCCCGGAGGCUGGAGAUGGCCGCCGGGCUGCAGCUCACUGAUCGCCAAGUCAAGAUCUGGUUUCAGAACCGCAGGAUGAAGUACAAGAAGGAGCACAAGCAGGGAAAGGUGUCGGGUGGGUCCCAGCAGUCUCCCUGCCGCCUCACCUCCAGCACCAGCUCGUGUGCAGAUCAGCUGAGGUUCUCUGGUUCAUGUGCCGUCAGGACGUCCUCCUCCUCAGACCUGCACUACAUGGAUUAUGCUCCCAUGUCCUCCUCCCUCAUUGGCUCUCACAGUGACGGCGGCAGGGGUCAGUGUGUUCACCCGGCAGACCUUCCCCAUCUGAGUUGUAUAUUUCCAUCUGUUGCAAAUGGUCCACCGCCCUCCUGUAUGGCCGUAGAUAGCCUUCACCAUGCUGUCAUUUCAAACUGGCCCUAGGGCCCCAUAAUGGCCGUCCCUCCUGUGCUCAUCAAAAUCUCAAUGAUACGUCCACUUUCACUUAGUUAUGAAAGACUGGAGGACGUGUGAUUAGGCUGAAAUCCCUUCAACACACCCAGUCAUGAAGCAUUUUAAUUAAACUCGACGAACACAUCCUAAUUAAAGGAGAGCUGCAGUGAUACCAGUCGUGCUUCUCAGGCACCGUGACGGACGACUGCGGGUCCUCAAACUUGCUGCUCCUUUUGCAUGUUUUGGUGGUCAUUUUCUGGAUCUUACAUUUGUAUUGUUUUGCACGUGGAGCUUGUACUAUGAGUGAUCUUUUUUCGUCCCUGUGUUUGCAGAUAACGGUUAAGUGUUUGUCAUAUAUUUGUUAGUGCAACAUUAGGCCUCUUGUUUAAUAUUUAUACUGCAAAAAGUAUUUGUGUACAAACGUUUUAAACUGUGAAAUUGACAGAAUAAUGUUCAAAAUGAAUGAUGUUAUAUUUUUGUUAAAGCCAUUAAAGGAUGUGGCAAGUCUUUCAUACAGCUCUUGAUUAAUUGAGAUGUCACAUA